GAGGGCAACUACCACCUGAACGAGGCCAACGACCUUCACCUAUCCGACACUCGACCGUCGGCGCUCGUUAUUAACCCAGUUGCUCGGCGCUUCAUCUGAGCAACCCACCGAAGCUUCUCAAGCGGCCACCGCGGCUUCUCGAGCGUCAGUAGGAGUUGACGUGGCUCCUGCAGCUCGCCUUCCUCGGCAGACAGAAGCUGAGCCUCGUCCUGCUCACUUCCUCCUACGCUGGCUGGCUCUGCUCUCACCGUGGUUACCUCAGAGCCGUGGGCUGGUCCUGAGUGCUGCUACCCUCUCCUUACCACGCUCCGACUCCCGUCACUGCUGUGCACCUGACGCCCCUUCUCCUCCUGCGCCUCCUUCGCCUACCACUUCAACGCCACCUACAAGGGCGGAGCUGUGCUGCCCCGCCCUCGCCACACGAGACGAAGGGACGCAAGACGGAUGGAAGCCGAGCUGAGUGUCGCUGCUGAGUCCAGAGUGCUGCAACCUUCCUGCAGAAGGUUCUGUUAUUUGUGAGGCUGUUUGGUGGUUAUUGGUUAUUGGAAUAGUAAAUGGUGUCUUAACCAUUCUCUCAUGUUUGUUUUACCUUCCGAUAGCAGCACCCAUCUUGGAACCCUUGACACGUGGCGACCUCGCCAGGAUUGGGUCAACUGCUAUUUGGAAGGGUCUAUGAAGUCGCCCAUGCGCGCCACUUGCUGUCUGCGGCCCGGAAGCAAGUGUUCAUCCUCUACCGUUCUUCUGUGGCUCCUGUAUGCCUGCGGUAGGGUUUGUUGAUGGUAACCCCUUUUGUUUUCAAUCGUGUUGUUGGAAACUACUUUUGUUCUACACAAGCACUCCUAGUGUUGUGUUGACUGUUGUCUUGUGCCCUUUUUCAGGGCUGUUUUGUUACCAUUGUUUCUUCCACACUUAUUGUUUUGGGUUUUCUAUCCUUUCACUUAUCUUUUCUCUCUGGGUCCUUAUUGCUCUUAUUGUUGGGUUGUCUGGUUAUAUCUUGAGUGUUUGAUCUAUUUACAUUGUGAUUUCACGCUAUGUCUAGCUUUGAUGUUUUUAAGGCUCAGGCCGAUGCUUUGGGUCUUGAGGGUGCUGAGCUUGGUCAGUAUGUUCUACAACAACAAGCUAUUGAGAGGGACCAGCGAGCUACCGAGAGAGAAGAGAAGCGGCUCCUAGCAGAGAGAGAAGAAAGAGCUGCUGAGAGAGACUUCCAACUUGCUAAGCUUCAAGCUGAGAAGGAGAUACAGCUCGCCCGCAGCACCGGUCAAGGAAAAGUGAGUACUUCUUCCUGUGAGAACGUCAGAGGACCGAAGUUGCCAACUUAUCAAGAGGGAGAUGAUAUAAGCAACUUCCUCGUGCGCUUUGAAAGGGUGGCUGAACUACUCCAGAUUGAUAAGGAUAGCUACGCUGCAAGACUUGGGUGUCUCCUCACGGGUAAGGCUACUGAACUGUAUACGUCGUUGUCUGCUGACAUAACUGAAGAUUACGCUCUUCUGAAGAAAGCUCUCCUCACUGGGUUCAGUAAGACCGCCGACAACUACCGUCUGGAGUUCCGCCAAGCCAGGAUUAGGGUUGGGGAAAAUUAUCAGCAGUUCUCUGUCCAUCUGACUCGACUGUUCCAGGCAUGGUCGGAGGCAUCUGAUGUCGCCCACACUUUUGAAGGUCUUAAAAAAUUCAUCCUGCUUGACCAGUUUUUGACUAAUCUUUCUCCAGAUUUGAGGGUUUUCAUCAAGGAGCGUCGGCCGACAGACCUUCCCGACGCAGUAAGGCUUGCCGACGACUGGUCAUCUGCCCGUCACGCCUACCCGAAAGCCUACUCUUCUAGUUCCCGAGGAACUUCUAAAGCUGCCUCUGGGGUAAGCCCUACAUCAUCUCAAGGUGACUCCAGCAAGUCCUCUGUCCAGUCCACCCCUAAGAAAAUUACGUGCCACCAGUGUGGAGAAGACGGCCAUAUUCGGCCGCGCUGCCCUAAGAAUCCCCGCGCCUUCAAGGAUUGGGAAGCGGGUAAGUCGACUCCUAAGGUUGGGUUUUGCCUUGGUGACAAGAGUGUCCCAAACUAUUCUGUCUCGGGCACCAUUAACGGAUCUUGGAGCUCGAACAUCAUCCGUGACACUGGCUGCUCGUGUGUGGUAGUCUCAGAAGAGGUGCUUCCAGACGUAGAUGUGGAGAGUUGUCCCAAGAUUUCCUAGCUGACUACUUGGGAAGAGUAGACAAAUUCCCAGUUGUAAAGUGCUACGUGCGCUGCCCCUUCUACACUGGUUGGACUGAGGUGGUGAGAGCUCCUAUAAAGUUUGCUGGCGCUCUGAUAGGAAACAUCCCGGGAGUUAUGGAUCCCCAGGUCUCUAAUCCUUCUCCAGCUCCUCUUCCUGAUUCCAGCAGGGCAUCCUUGUCAUCAGAGCUGCAGCCGGAGGUUUCUACCAGUGCUUCGACUGUGUCUUCGGCUGACCAAGUACACGCUGUUACCACCCGUGCCGGAAGGAUGAAAAGACUGCAUCCUCUGGUACUUCCAGAACUUCAGCCUCUCUCCAUGACCCUCAAGAGUUCAACCAACUGCAAGCCUCGUGUCCUUCCUUAACUGGGGUACGACAGAAAGCCUCUACGGGAGAAGUUGAGAAAGCCAGGAACGGGUCGUCCUUCCAGUACCUGUACGUCAAUGGGCUUCUCUACCGCAAGUGCCUCACUUCUCAGCUUCCAAAUAAGGUAUGGGAGCGGAUAUCCGUGCCUACUGCCGCUCUUGUGACAAGUGCCAACGGAUGUCAUCAAAGGGCCGGGUGCGUCCUGUCCCUCUUCAGCCCCUACCUGUGAUCACCGAGCCUUUUUCCCGAGUCGCCAUUGACCUCGUUGGACCUCUUUCUCCUCCAUCUUCCGAGGGCCAUAGACACAUUCUUACCUUAAUAGAUUUUGCAACUGGGUUUCCAGAGGCCCUGCCACUUAAGGACAUAGACUCAGUAUCAGUAGCUGAAGCCUUACUAGUGAUAUUUGCACGUGUAGGAAUUCCUAGAGAAAUCCUCUCUGAUCGAGGAACUCAGUUUACCUCCAGUCUGUUAUCAGAGUUACAUAAGCUGCUUGGUGUUAAACCUAUUUUCACAACUCCUUUCCAUCCCAGUGGCAAUGGACGCAUAGAGAGGCUCCAUGGUCCUCUCAAGGCAGCUCUGCGCAAGCUCUGUGCUGACAAACCCAGGAGUGGCACCGUUACCUCGUUCCCACGCUCUUCGCCCUCAGGGAAAUCCCCAGUGAUCGGACCGGGUUCUCCCCCUUUGAACUACUAUAUGGACGCUCUGUUCGAGGACCUCUCACGGUGUUGAAGGAGUUGUGGGAUAAUCAGGACAUCCAGGGAGAAGAAAGAACCAGCUUCCAAUACGUCCUGGAACUUCGAAACAAGUUGUCAGAAUGUGCCCAGCUUGCUGCUCAAGCAGCUGAUGUAAGUACUGCCCGUUACAAGUCCUAUUUUGAUCUUAAAUCUCAGGACAGGAAGUUUAAUCCAGGUGACGAGGUACUAGUUCUUCUUCCCAGCCACACAAGCAAGUUAUUGGUAGCAUGGAAUGGUCCAUACAAGGUCCUUGAAAGACGUGGUAAUGUUGAUUACCUUAUAGACGAGCCUCGUGGGCCUAAACUAUACCACGCCAAUCUACUUAAAAGAUACCAUCGACGAGCAGUUGUUAACAGGCUCCAUGUUCUCGACGAGAUUCAAUCUCUCGAAACAAGCGAACCCCAGGACAGCACCGUUCCCGUCGUGGAGGAGAAAUUGCCUGACGCUUCAAGUCACGGACUAGGAUCUGUUCUGCUGCAAUACCAUCAGGGGGUGCCUCAUCCUGUCGCCUAUGCCAGCAGGAAGCUCCUGGACCGGGAAAAGAGGUAUUCCACCAUAGAACGUGAGUGUCUUGCUGUUGUGUUUGGUGUGCUCCGCUUUGACUAUUAUCUCAGAGGUCGUGAAUUCAUAUUAGAAGUGGACCACAAGCCCUUGUUGUACUUGGAAACCUUUAAAGGCAAGAAUGAUAGGGUGUUGAGAUGGGCCUUAAGUCUACAAGCCUACCGGUUCAGAGUCGUCCAUAUUGCUGGGAAGGACAACGUGGGAGCAGAUUUAAUGAGCAGACUCCCAGCCUAAGGCGCCUUGAAACCAACCUCACCAGUGCCUCCUCCUUUUCUUAACAUGUAUGUUCUUUCUUUUCAUGUGGUAGUUGUUAUAAUCUACCUGGAGUAGAUUCUUCUAUGGGGGCCUGUGUGAGGGCAACUACCACCUGAACGAGGCCAACGACCUUCACCUAUCCGACACUCGACCGUCGGCGCUCGUUAUUAACCCAGUUGCUCGGCGCUUCAUCUGAGCAACCCACCGAAGCUUCUCAAGCGGCCACCGCGGCUUCUCGAGCGUCAGUAGGAGUUGACGUGGCUCCUGCAGCUCGCCUUCCUCGGCAGACAGAAGCUGAGCCUCGUCCUGCUCACUUCCUCCUACGCUGGCUGGCUCUGCUCUCACCGUGGUUACCUCAGAGCCGUGGGCUGGUCCUGAGUGCUGCUACCCUCUCCUUACCACGCUCCGACUCCCGUCACUGCUGUGCACCUGACGCCCUUCUCCUCCUGCGCCUCCUUCGCCUACCACUUCAACGCCACCUACAAGGGCGGAGCUGUGCUGCCCCGCCCUCGCCACACGAGACGAAGGGACGCAAGACGGAUGGAAGCCGAGCUGAGUGUCGCUGCUGAGUCCAGAGUGCUGCAACCUUCCAGCAGAAGGUUCUGUUAUUUGUGAGGCUGUUUGGUGGUUAUUGGUUAUUGGAAUAGUAAAUGGUGUCUUAACCA